AUGAUUUCAAACACUCCUUCAUCAAAUCCUCCACCAUCAUCGUCAUCGGCAACACCACAACCUGUUACCAUCACAAAAAACACACCUCACACACAAUAUAUUUACGGAGAAAAAUUAGUUGUAACUCCAUUAGGAGCAGGAAAUGAAGUCGGAAGAAGUGCAGUCCUUCUACAAUUCAAGGGAAAGACUGUUCUUUUUGAUUGUGGUAUUCACCCUGCAUUCACUGGUAUGGCUAGUCUUCCUUUCUUUGAUACGAUAGAACCUAGUGAAAUUGAUUUAGUUUUAGUAACACAUUUUCAUUUGGAUCACUGCGGAGCACUUCCUUACUUUACUGAACAUACAAAUUUCCAAGGAAGAGUAUUCAUGACUCACCCUACUAAAGCUAUCUAUAAAUUAUUGUUGACUGACUUUGUUAAAGUGAGUGAUGUUCAUGUAGAUGAUCAACUUUUCACAGAACAAAAUUUACUUGAUUCACUGAAGAAAAUUGAACUUAUUGAUUAUCAUCAAGAAUUGGAACAUAAUGGAAUUAAAUUUUGGUGUUAUAAUGCUGGACACGUAUUAGGAGCAGCCAUGUUUAUGGUAGAAAUUGCAGGUGUAAGAGUUUUAUAUACAGGAGACUUUUCUAGGCAACCAGAUAGACAUUUACUAGGAGCUGAAACACCAACAAUGUCACCUGAUGUUCUUAUUGUAGAAUCUACUUAUGGUAUUCAAGUACAUGAAAGUCAAUCUGAAAGAGAAAAACGUUUUACACAAAUGGUUACUGAAAUUGUUAAGAGAGGAGGUCGUUGUCUUAUACCCGUAUUUGCUUUGGGAAGAGCACAAGAGCUUCUUCUCAUUCUAGAUGAAUUUUGGGAAACACAUCAAGAUUUACAACAUAUUCCUAUUUAUUAUGCUUCUUCCCUUGCUAAGAAAUGUAUGACCAUUUUCCAAACUUAUAUUAACAUGAUGAAUGACAAGAUUAGAAAACAAUUUGAUAUUCACAAUCCUUUCGUUUUUAAGCAUAUCAGUAAUUUGAGAUCUAUUGAAGACUUCCAAGAUAAUGGUCCUUGUGUCAUUAUGGCCAGUCCUGGUAUGCUUCAAUCUGGUUUGUCAAAGGAAUUGUUUGAAUUGUGGUGUCAAGAUGCCAAGAAUGGUGUUAUCAUUGCUGGUUAUUCAGUUGAUGGUACACUUGCUAAGAAAAUUAUGAGUGAACCUGAAACUGUUACACUUUCAAAUGGUAAUACAGUUCCAUUGAGAAUGAGUGUGAGAACUAUUUCAUUCUCUGCUCACUCUGAUAAGGCACAAACAGAGGAAUUUAUUGGAACUAUCAAACCUCCUCACAUUAUUUUAGUACACGGAGAUCUUGCUAAUUGCAAUCGUUUGAAGCAUUCACUUCAAAGCAAGUUUACAGACAGCAAGGUUUAUGCACCAAAGAAUUGUACAAGCAUUAAUAUUAUGUUCCAAGGUGAAAAGAGAGCCAAGGUUUUAGGUCAACUUGCAGUUACAAAAUAUGAAGAUGGUGACGAAAUUAAUGGUAUUCUUUUGCAUCACAAUUUCCAACAUUUACUUUUGAACGAAAAGGAUCUUAAAUUGUACUCUGAUGUUUGUUGCUCUGGUGUUAAGCAAACACUCCUUGUACCAUUGAAUGAUACAGUACCAUAUGAACAAUUAAUUAGAUCAGUAUUUAGCAAUGUAACUUUGGAAACCGAACCUACCGAAGUUCAAGUUAAAUCAGAAAUUAUGGACACAACAGAUGACAAGAAGGAAGACAUCAAAUAUACUCCAAUAGAGUUUGCUGCAGAAGCUGCCAAACCUAUUGUCAUUUUCAUUGAUGGUGUUGUCAGAAUUGAAUUGAGAUUACAAGAAAAGACACCAUGUGGUGUCAUUGAAUGGCCAAGUAGUGCAGCAAAUGACACUAUUGUUGAUAGUAUCUGUAAUUUAAUCUUAUAUACUGACAAAUCUUUCCAUGAAAGUUUACUCGAUGAAGGAAAGGAUGAAUUGAAAAUGUUAUAUUGCAUUCAACAAAUGCUUAAAGAACAUUUUGGAGAAUGCACAUGUAGACUCUCAGAAAAUAGAGAAAUUGAUGUUGUAGAUAAGGAAGAUAAGGUCAUUGUAAAGGUCUCUAGCAUGGGUGAAAUUAUCGAAUGUGUUGAGGAAAGAAAUCGAGGAUUUUUGGAAAUUGUCAUUCGAAGAAUUUUCAUGUCAAUGUUCCCACUUCCAACCAUGAUGGGUUGUUUGGAUGAUUGUGAUCAUGGUCACUCUCACCAUUAA